UAUACGUACAAGAAAAGGGACCAAACAAACAAACAGAGACUCAGGAACACAGGAAAUCUCCCAUCUUUAAUCGAAACCAUUAUCGAAUUGAAUUGUGUAACAAAUUCUGGAAAAAAAUGGAUUAUUCAACGAAAGCUCGAGGCAGAUUAGCUGUUCUUACAACGCACCUUUCAACAUCAGCUGAUCCACCGCUUACUUUCUCGAAUGUUCUUGACAAAUCGUGUGUUUCAUCUCAAUCCAUUGUACUCCCACCUCCAAAUUUGAAAGGAUCUAUUACAAUUAUUGAUGACAGAACUGGUAAAAAGUACCAAUUUCCUGUUUCCGAGGAUGGCACUGUCAAUGCUCCGGAUUUAAAGAAGAUAACAACGGGAAAGAAUGACAAGGGACUCAAACUAUAUGAUCCUGGUUAUCUCAAUACUGCUCCCGUCCGGUCAUCGAUUUGCUAUAUUGAUGGUGAUGAAGGGAUCCUUAGGUAUAGAGGUUACCCAAUUGAGGAGCUGGCUGAGGGUAGUUCGUUCUUAGAAGUGGCGUACCUUCUGAUGUAUGGAAAUCUACCCUCAAAAAGUCAGUUGGCAGAUUGGGAAUUCACUGUGUCCCAGCAUUCAGCUGUUCCGCAGGGCGCAUUGGAUAUCAUACACGCAAUGCCUCAUGACGCACACCCAAUGGGUGUUCUUGUCAGUGCAAUGAGUGCUCUUUCUGUCUUUCACCCUGAUGCUAAUCCUGCUUUGAGAGGUCAGGAUCUUUAUAAGUCAAAGCAAGUGAGAGAUAAACAGAUAGUCAGAAUACUCGGGAAGGCUCCAACAAUUGCAGCUGCAGCUUAUUUGAGAUUGGCUGGACGUCCUGCAGUUCUUCCUUCCAACAACCUUUCAUAUUCGGAGAACUUCCUUUACAUGCUUGAUUCUUUGGGUAAUAGGUCAUACAAACCAAAUCCUCGUUUAGCUCGUGUUCUUGAUGUUCUUUUCAUUCUACAUGCGGAACAUGAAAUGAAUUGCUCUACAGCUGCUGCCCGGCAUUUAGCAUCAAGUGGUGUUGAUGUGUACACAGCUCUUGCCGGGGCUGUUGGGGCACUCUAUGGUCCUCUUCAUGGUGGUGCAAAUGAGGCUGUGCUCAAAAUGCUGAAUGAGAUUGGAAGUGUUGAAAACAUACCAGACUUCAUCGAGGGCGUCAAGAGUAGGAAACGGAAAAUGUCAGGAUUCGGGCAUCGUGUGUAUAAAAACUAUGAUCCUAGAGCAAAGGUAAUUAGGAAGUUGGCAGAGGAAGUAUUCUCCAUAGUUGGACGAGAUCCCCUCAUUGAGGUGGCUGUUGCUUUGGAGAAAGCUGCCCUGUCAGACGAGUACUUUAUAAAGAGGAAGUUGUACCCAAAUGUGGAUUUUUACUCUGGGUUAAUCUACAGGGCAAUGGGGUUCCCAACGGAAUUUUUCCCUGUUUUGUUUGCAAUCCCUCGUAUGGCUGGAUAUUUGGCGCACUGGAGGGAGUCACUUGAUGAUCCUGAUACAAAGAUAAUGCGACCCCAACAGGUGUAUACUGGAGUAUGGUUGAGACAUUACAUGCCCCUAAAAGAACGAAUUGAUUCAGCUGAGGAAGACAAGCUUAGUCAGGUAUCGGUUUCAAAUGCAACAAGGCGCCGACUGUCUGGAUCCGGAGCUUAAACCCUUUUGAGACAGGAAAUAAAUUUCUAUUUCGUUUCAUGUAAUAAAGCUACGGGGAUAGCAAGACUGGAUAGUUAUUAUAGAAUAAUCUCACUGUACUUGUAUUAAGUUGUAUAAGCUUUUGCCACAUCUCACUUCUGAACAACAGACUUCUUUUCCCCUUUUAAUGAAACACUCGAUCCUAGAAAGCAA